AUGACCGGCACCGUCGACCGUUCCGCGAAUCUUUUCGUCGAUUUAGACAACGGACUUGACUCGUUCGGUCUCGGCGACGGCACCACGGGGGACAAUCAAUUGAUGGACGGACUCAUGAACAACGCCCCAGUAACCUCAGGUGGCCUUACCAAUACCAUUCCGGUCGGAGCGACGGGCGUUUCUGCCAACGAGCAGAUGCCCACGCCUACCACUAGCACGAACAAUGGCGGGAGGAGUGGGACUUCUUCCAAGUCUCCGCCAGAUCCCUCUGCGGCCUCCACGAAACAAGACCCGCACCAGCAGCAAUCGCAACAGCAGGCCCUCUUCUUCAACCCGAUGGCCGGUUCACAAUGGACCUUUCAAAACGCACCUUCUUACGAGAAUGCCCACGCAAGUCGAUACGGUGGUGCUGUCCCUCAGCCGACAUGGGAUUUCUCGCUUGGUCUAAACCAGGGUCUUCAACCACAACAACAACAGCAGCAGCAGCAGCAGCCGUCGCUGCCCUUUCCUGCACAAUCUGCGCCCCCCGCUAGCAAUCCCAACUUUGAAUCCACUACUGCUGCCGAGAGCGUUUCCUUACCUCCGGCCCCCGCACCCAUGCUGCAGUCGGUUAACCCCGAUUCGGUACGAACGCUUGACAGCCUCACGCCUGCUCAGCGCGAGCUGCUCAAGACGAUCGCCAUGCCCGCACAGUUUCAAUAUCAAUCACCACAGAGCCCCGGUUCAACAUCGAGCGGACCCGAAAGGGGUAUGACCACAUCACCAGGCGGUACGUUGCGUGCCAAGAACAACAUGAAGAAGCGCAAGUCAUUAGCGGAGGACGAGGACGAUGACGACGACGACGACACGGAACAGCCCAUCAAGAAAACAGCACACAACAUGAUUGAGAAACGAUACAGGACCAAUCUCAAUGAUAAGAUAGCGGCUCUGCGAGAUAGUGUUCCGUCCCUCAGGAUCAUGUCAAAGAGCGCUCGGGGAGAAGACACGACGGAAGACAGAGAAGAGCUUCACGGCUUGACCCCUGCCCACAAGCUGAACAAGGCUACGGUAUUGAGCAAAGCCACCGAGUACAUUAGGCAUCUCGAGAAACGAAAUAACCGCCUUCUCGAGGAGAACAGCAGUAUGCAGGCAAGGAUUGCCGCCUUCGAGAAACUGUUCAUGGCCGGUGCGAUGAACGGUCAGGCUCCGAAUCCGAUCCAACAAUCACCCACUCCAGUACAAUACUCCCAGGACAACAGCCCCUACCUCAAUACGUCACUACAAACACCCCAAGGAGCCGAUCCGCAAGGGAUGAUCCCCAUACCGGAUGAUAUGAAGCGCAUUCUUGCGUCCCAGCAGCUAAACGCUGGACGGCCCUACCCAGUUCCCGCACAACAGUUCAACCAGAACCCCACUAUAGUGAGGCAACAACAAAUUCAGCAGCAGCAGCAGCAGCAACAACAACAGCAACAAGCGCAGGUUCAACCCGGCCGGUGGAACCCGUACGUUGGGAAGCUCAUGGUGGGCUCGCUUGCCGGGCUGAUGCUGGUAGAAGCACUCGUCGAAUCCGAGCCGAGCGGAGAGACAGCCGAUUCGCGCGGACUUUCCAUGUUGCCCCCGGUGAGGUUCCUCUCGGCGUUUGUCCAGUCCACCCACUUCAGCGUGGGAGGAUACUACGUCUCAGCAAUCGACCUGAUCGCCAAGUUGAGGCUCGUCUCGCUCCUAGGUUUCUUCCUGUGGUUGGUCUACUCGUCCUUUUUCGACGUGUCGGCGUUCGAACCCGCCAAGAAAACAAAAGGCCCGGCUUCGGUCGUCAAGGCAGUGCCGUCUUUGGCUUCGCCGAUUCAUGUCCGACGGCAGGCGUGGCUCACGGCCAUCCAAACUGUCUGGGUACCUCGACACAAUUUCUUCCUCGAGGCGGCGGCCCUUUUGCUCAAGGCGACCAAGUACACGCUCAGAAAUGUGAUUGGACCUCACGGCUACCUCGCAUUGACCGGCCUGACCCAGGAGCAAGAAGCUGCUCGGAUCAAGGCAUGGUCGAUUGCCUUGGACGCCCAGCUGGCCGGCGGUGACGUUGAGAUCAACAAGAGCCGUCUCACACUCACGUUGAUCGCCUCGGGUACGCUGCCGGACUCACCCCUCCGGCUGAUGCUCAAGGCUCUGCACAUCCGGAUCCUGCUGUGGCGGCUCGGUGGUGUCAGUUGGGCUGCCAAUGUGAUCGCUGCGAAGCUCGCCCGGUCCAGGUGGAACGAGGCGAGGCAGCUGAAUCGGAUCCUCAACUCUCUCCCCGAAGGCGAGCACUCGCCCCACGACGCAUUACCCGAUCAUCUCGCAGCCCUCAUUGAACAGGAUUGCGACGACGUGUUCAGUGAUGACGUUAUUCAACGAGCGCACAACCUCGCUUGGAACCACCCCACCACCCACAACGCCCUUAACAAGAUUGACGGUAUGGACGCGGUGGUGGAAGACCCCGCCGUGCGUUCCCCCAUGGACGCUGUCGCUGCGUGGUACUCCCACAUCAUCCUUCACCGCACGCUCGUGACUAGCCUCCGCAAGUCGCGCGACGACCUUGCCGUCCUCCCCGGCUUUGCUGACGCCAUCGCUCUCGCCGUGAGCGUUGCACCGAUCGGCUCCAACGCCCAGGUCCGCGCCGUGGUUACCCGGGCCGUGCUCGCCGACGGCAAGCGUGGCGCACACAUCGUUGCGGCCAUGCAGGCCCUCGGCCCGUCAACCGACCCAGACAAACACCCCGACUACAGCAACGGUGUGCCACCGCUCAUCGACUCCCCGAUGACCCCGAUCGCACCAGACCCCGACGCCCAGAUGGCCCUGCGCUGCGCCAUGGCCAUCGCCCAGCUGCAAAAGUUUGACCACCCGCCUGCCGCCGCAUUCACCACUAUCGACUCACUUCUUCCCCGCGGCUCCGACAUUGAGGACAUGUCGCUUCUUGGCUUCACGGGCGCUUACCACCUCGUCAACCACCUGAGCGCCCACCCUGUUGGCCGCGAGACGUGCUCACGCUCGUUAGAGCGGCUGGCGGGGAGUCUGCGUAUCUGGAUGGGCAGCGAGCAGGCUGCUGGGCAGAAGAGUGGGCUGGAUACCGAGCUGCGGUCUGAUAUCAUCGAGAAGUGUCUCGCUGUUACCAAGAGCGUCGUUGGGAUGGAUGUGGACUUGGGGUAUGUCAGUAUGGAAGACUGUGCCGCGGGAGAGGACGGUAACGGAGGUGAAAAUGGAGGUGGGGGUUGCUGA